AUGUCUUCCGCCGCUGAUACCACCUUCUCCCACACAAGAACCUCUUCCACGGCGUCCUCCGUCUCCUCCAACGGCGGCUGGCUCGAACUCACCCCCGCCAACAUCCACCGCUCGGAUUCCGUGUCAUCCACCUCCAGCGGCCCCUUCCUCUCCAACGCCACCCAGGCUAAGCCCAGCAGCGUCCCCAAGCCUGUGGCUUGCGAUGAGGAACAGAAGCGCCUCAUGCUCCUCCGCGCCAGAAACAACUAA